GCAUCUCAUCCGCACACGACACAUCCGGCUCAACAACAUCAUCUAAAUGCUCGGAUUCCUCCUCACUACUAUCAUCAUCCUCCUCCUCAUCAUCACCAACACUUUCAUUACCACUCGGCUCACUCAAAUCAUCAAUUAAAUUAUCUCCCAAUCCAUACUCAACAUCAACUUUCGAAUCCAUACUCUCCUCCUCAAUAAUCGAAUCAAAACCCGAAACACCAUCAACGGACGAAGAUUUUGGCGUACCUAAAAAAAAAGAUAGUUUGGCCCUUUUCACACUACAAAUGGCCAUGACGGAGUCCCUGUUUCCACGAAUUAGCGGAGCACAGACAUCAAAGGAGGCAUGGGAUACUCUCAAGGAAGAAUAUCAGGGUAGUGACAAGGUACGUCAUCUUAAAUUACAAACUCUAAGAAGAGAUUUAGAAAAUAUGAAGAUGAAAAAAUCUGAGAUCGUAAAAGAUUACUACACUCGAUUAAGAGAAGUAGUAAAUCAAAUAAAAGCAUUUGGAGAAAAUAUCACUGACAAAAGAGUGGUAGAAAAAAUUCUAAUUACUCUAUCAGCCAAAUAUGAUCCUAUCGUCACGACGACGGAAGAAACUAAAGAUUUGGAUCAUUUGUCAGGGACAGAAUUAAUAGGUUCACUUGAAGCCUAUGAAAAAAGACUGAGUAUGCGUGAAAAUGAUACAAUCGAAAAUGCAUUUCAGUCAAAAUUAAAUUUACAGUCUCAGAAUUUUAAAAUUGGGGGAAGAAGAUUUGGAGAAAAUAAUAAAAAUAAAAAUCAAGGUAGAAAUAAUAAUAAUCAACAAAAAGGAAAAUAUCCACCUUGUGGAGUUUGUAAGAAAACUAACCAUCUUGAGAAGGAUUGUUGGUACCGAGAUAAGCCACAAUGUAAAAAUUGUGGUAAAUCCGGUCAUGUUGAGAAAAAUUGUCGCGCUAAAGGAUAUCAAGUAAAUUUCUCUGAAGAAAAUGAAAAAGGAGAAAAUUUGCUAUUCUAUGCAAAUUAUGUAACUUCAGAAGAGAAAAAUGAUAUUUGGUUCCUAGAUAGCAGCUGUAGCAACCAUAUGACUGGAGAUGAGAAAAAAUUUAAAAAUAUUGAUGGAUCAGUAAAAUCACAAGUUCGAUUGGGUAAUGGAGAUUUAGUAGAAGUUGAAGGAAAAGGCUCAAUUGAGGUCGAGACUCAAAAAGGUACUCGCCUCGUUGAAGAUGUGCUUCUAGUACCAAAACUUGAUACUAAUUUGCUCAUCGUGGGACAAAUGGUGGAAAGAGGAUACACACUACUCUUCAAAGAUAACUCUUGCACCAUUUAUGACAAUAAAA